CGAGCCGCCGGGAUGUAGCUGACGUCACCAGACAUUUAUCGUAAACAUGGCGUCCGUGACAACAGCCACCUCGGAGUGGAUUCAGUUUUUUAAGGAUGCUGGGAUCCCAGCUGGCCUCGCAGUCACUUAUGCAGUCUCCUUUGUGGACAACAGAAUUCACAAGAACAUGCUGAUGGACCUCAGUAAAGACAUCGUGAUGGACCUUGGCAUUACAGUCAUUGGCGACAUCAUUUCCAUUCUUAAACAUGCAAAGCAGGUCUACAGGCAGGACAUGUGCAAAAUGGCCACAGAAGCCAUCUCCUCAGGACAGACCAGUGUUAAAGCUGAGCUCAGAAGAACUGCCAAUACUCCUGCCACUCGUAUGAUUGCCAACGCUUUGAGCAAGGACUCCCCACCGGCCACUCCAGCCCGUCGACCUGACAACCGCCUCUCGGUCACAGUGUCCAACAUGCAAGCAAACAAGAACGGCAAAGCAGUUUUAAGUCAACCAGCUGACGAGGGGAACAGUUUACCAGCAAUGAAGCGCCGACGUGUGACAGCUGAGAUGGAAGGCAAGUACAUCAUCAACAUGCCCAAAGGCUCCACACCUCGUACACGCCGCAUCCUGACCCAGCAGGCCAAGAAAGAUUUGAAACGGACCUCUGUGUUUUCAAGACUUGGCGCUGAAUCGAAGGCAGACACAACCACAAGCAAUAACAAGCCCACCGGUGUGUUCAGUCGUCUUGGCAGAGGGGAUGAAGUGGAAGACAAGCCGCAGCCAGGCAAAAUGUCGAGUAGCAUCGAUAUAGAUGAUGAGGGAGACAGUGAUGGAGAAGGCUCCAUCCUCCAGUAUGCUGGCGUCCUCAAGAGAUCCCCUCCCUUCUUGAAGAAAGAGCCAGCCAGAAAAUUGGCCCCGACCACCCUGCGACGCCUGGGAGGCAAAUUCAAACUACCUCCCUCUGACACUCCCACCUCCUCCUUAUCCUCUAAUGGCCUCCCCCCUCCUAAGGUUAGCGUGCUUCAGAGACUGGGAAAGCUCCCUGCCACACACCUGAGUGCCGCUGUGUCACCCACACCUGCUGACACGCAGGACAACAGGGUGACUAGCACAAGGCCAAAAGCCCAGGAGGGACUCUACUUGGCAAGCUCCAAGGUCAGCAGCAGCACCGGGGCUGGUGCGGGAGGAGAGGGAGGGGGAGGGGGAGGGGGAGCAGAGUCUCUGGGUGCCCAGAUGGACAUUAUGGCUAUCAGUGUUUUUAAGAGGCUGGGUAACAAGAGAACCUAACGAGAACCCUACGAAAUGGUUUUGACUCUUACUUUGUCCUUUUUAUAGAAUUUGUAUUACUCCCUUUUCUGCACUCAUCCUGGCGACAUGCAGGACUGCAGACUUUUUUUUUGUGUAUGGUCAGUUUUAAUGCUGCUUUAGGUUCUUAGAUAAAGAUACUUUAAUUUUUUACAUUUUCGUCACGCUGCCAUAGGAAAACCUUUUGUUUAGUGUCUAAGGUUUUUAAUUUGAGGACUCAAAGUUCUCAAUCAUAUCUGCCAAUUAUAGUUUAAAAAAAAAUAUAUAUAUAUAUAUAUAUAUAUAUAUAUAUAUAUUUAACUAUUUGCGAACUUAAGGCAUGAGCAUGACAUCCACCGAGCUGCCAUAAUGGUGGUUGUAAUUUGAUCCGUUAACUCCACAUAUAAGGAUGCUGCUUCCUAAACUUCCUUUUUUUUUUAGUCCACCCAAAUGAAUACAAUGAGAAGUUGAAAAUAUUCCCGCACUGUGAAUUAGUUGGUCCUUUUUGUUAUUUGCCUGAAUAUUAAUUGUUUUUCAUGGGGGGAAAAAAAGGUACACACCUCAGACAAAGGAAGUUUAUUCUUUUAAUUAACACACAAGAACGUAGUCCGAUGGAAGACUAGCCAUGAGGUGAUGGUAAAUCUUUUUAGAUCUAGUUACCUUCAACACCUUUUUAAAGUAUCUCCUUGAAGAGAAAGUGUUGAUGAAAGGCUUCAUGGCUUCAGCCCUGGUCUUGUUGGCGAGAAAGUAAAUUCAAAUGAUUCUACAGGAUGACUUCUCUGAAUGCUUGAAUCAAGACAAAAAAACACUGCACCUCUUCUUCUGUGCUUUGUGGAGUAGAACGUCUCACCUCUGAACUACAGAGGCCCAUGUCAACCUUUCUACCAUUGUACUGUAGUUUUCUAUAACCACCUACUUGAAGGCCCGGUCAGUAGAAUAUUGUUUAUUUUGAAAUGCAAUGUAUAGAUUUGUUAGACUUGAUUUCACACAGCACAUAACCAGUUAUGCUGCAUAUUUUUCUAUGUGGACUUUCUUGUAUCAUGUAUGGGUCAUCAUCACCUGUGUACCAUGUUGGUCUUUCUCCACACCAGAACUUUGUUACACUGUAAAUAUUUUAAAUGUUUGAAAAAAAAAAAAUCACAAUAUGGAAUUGUUUGUUUUAAAGAACAAGGUAGAUUCAAACAUGCCUGGAACUGAAAAAAAGUAUGCUUGGAAAAUUAUUAAAAGAGACAAAUGGUCCAAACUGCUUCCGCCUUCAUGUGUGUCUCUACAGGAGACAAUUCCAUUGUCACAUUGUUCUUUUGCAUAUCAAGGUGACAGCAAAGUAAAUAUGUAGAUGCUCCUCGGAACAUUUAGAUGAUCAUUUAUCAAUAAACCCCCUUUACAGCACACUCCUCACAAUGAGGUUGCUGCUGCAUAAUUUCGGCUGAACUGUCAGUGAUAUGUUAACGCAUGUACUUGUGUUUGUUUAGGUUGAGUGGAUUAUGUACUUGUUUGAAUGGAAUUGUUUAGUGUGUA